UCUCACGCUCUGAAGUUUAGUUAGUCUGCUCCAGCUGCCGACUGCACAGCACGCAGGAAAAGAGGCAGAAAGUCUGCAGACUGGGGGUGGAGAAAUGGAUCUGACCCUGGAACAGUUGAUAUCAUGAGCGUAGAAGAUCAGAUCUGCAUCCUGGAGUUGAUUACAAUAUUUAUUUAUGUUUUGGAUUUUCUUCUGGUGCCUAAAUGCUGUCUCAGGAGAAAAUGCACACCCGAGCGAAGUCUCGCAGCUGUGAUAACUACCUGAGUAUCAAGGACGCAGAAUCUUUGGACAACUGCAUCCAGAGCACCUUGUCUGCGUUGUACCGCCCCUUCAGUGGCACCGCUUCCACUGUCCUGUGGCAGCUCUUCAGCGUGGUGGAGAGGCAGUACCGUGGAGAUGGCCUCCGCUGCCUCAUUGACUUCUUGAUUCCUGCCAAAAGGAUCCUGCAGAUCAUCCAAAAGGAGAGCUGCGUGAGGUUCAGAGGCCUGCUGUUCUAUCACGAAGGGUGGCCUCUCUGCAUUCACGAGAAAGUUGUCCUCCAACUUGCGCCGCUGCAUAAGGUUCGACUAAAGCAAGGGGAUUUCUACUUGCAGAUAGUUCCUUUAGGGCGCAAAGCUGCAAAGCUGGUGAUAAAAUGCCUGUCUGCCAGCGGGCAGGCCAUCGCAGAGAUCCCCAUUCCAGAGAGCAUGUAUGGCAGCGUCUUCACAGCUGAGUUCCUGCAGAAUGUGACACGGGAUCGAAACCUGCACCCUCUACAGAACUGCCUGCUCACCACUGGUACGGUCGUGUUCAAGACGCCGUGGAAGAACGUGGUUAAUCCGCUGUUCAUCAACAGCACGGCGGACGCCAUCAUGCAAGCUCGCUGCAGCAGCAGAGGCAGCUUCAGGGCCCAUCUCAGUACCUGCAGCACCAGCGGCUCCACCGGGACUCUGGACAGCCAUCGCAGCUCCAGAGAGUCCCUGGUCUCUCUGGGAGCUGACUCCAUCUUCCUAGAGCCCACAUCCCCAAAGAGAAACCACACAGACUCAAGCGGUGAGAACCAGAGUAUUUUUAGGGAAAAACCUAUAACACCAAUCAUUAAAAUAGAGGGACAUGUGGAGGAUUGUGGUAAAGAAGGAGGAGAGGAGGACAAUGAUGAAAAAAAAAGGGAAUCGGGGUUGAGUAGGCUCUCCUUUGAUACAGACCUCAUUAAUCCAGACCUUCGACGACGCCCAAGAGACUCAGUUGGGUCCAAUGGAAGCAGCAGGAGACGUUUCAGGGAAUCCUACAUGGAGGCCCUGCAGAACCCAAUGACCCUCGGGUCCAGCUCUGAAUCCAUUUUGGAGGAAAGCCCUGAACACAGCACUGGCUCCAGAGAGCGAGCCGUUACACCUGGGAGCAGUCCUGACACCCGCACCUCUCCCAGAGAACAUUUAACCUGGAAGUUUGGCAGUCGAAGUUGGCUCACUGGUGAUGAGUCCAGGCCCAACACGCCUCUAUUUUACCUACAGAGGGGGCUACGGAGUGCUGAGAGGCGGGCAGACCGACGCUCUAAGUCACUGGAGAGGACUAACAAGGCAGGCCAGGUUAAAGGCCACAGAGAGCGAUCCUCCUCUGGAGGCUCAACGGGUGUUUCUCCCAAGAAACUGAUGAACGGUUACGCCUUGCGCUUUGGGAAGCUGGAUGUGGAGGCUGUGUUACCUGGGAAUGAGAGGAGAAGCAGCAAAGAGGACACAGGUCAGCGUAGUGACGGCACUGGCAGUGACAUUAGAAGGCAUAAAUCCACGUCUGACGAAUCACAAACUCCACACAGUCACAAAGCAGCAAAUGGAAUGACUCUAAGUCCUGGUUGUGCUCAGAACGCUCCCUGUGAUUAUAAUUCAGCCUUUCCCAAACUGAUGUCAGAAAUUAAUCAAGAGCUGCUCACAUCAGGAGCUGUCAUCUUACCAGGAAACCGAGACCGUGGGGGGAGACCAGUGCUGCAGGUGUGCACAAGAGCUCAGGUGUGGGCGAGUGAGACAUGCACAGUCAGCGAUGUAACAUGUUUACUGGGCUAUUACCACUCAACGCUGAGGAAAGAGAGGCGGGAUCAAGGUCUGGCUGUUGUAAUAGACAGCAGAAGGCAGUCGCCUGUCCCAGCUCUGUUGGAAUCUCUGUUUGAAUUUCAGGCAUUAGCCCCAGAUGCACUUUAUUCAGUUCUGUUAUUGGUGGACAAAGACGGAUCAGCCAAACUGGACCGAGACAUCGGCGUUCAGACUGAGGCGCUCUCAUCCCUGAAGGCACUGCUGAAGCACAUCGACCAAACCCAGCUGACACGAGACCUGGAGGGCACCUAUCUUUAUGACCACAACCACUGGAUCAGCUUCAGACAGAAAAUUGAACCGUUUGCCAGUAGCUGUAGGGCGGCUAUUUGUUUCCUCCAGGAGUCUAUCAGAACACUAAGUGUUGCUGGAGACCUCAAGACAUCUAAGGAGGUGUCUGAGGUGUUAGAGCAGCAGAAGCAUCUCAUGAAGAGUGUACUGGAUGACACCCAUCUGAACAGACUGCGUCUGGAAGGAGGCACUGUCCUCGCCCGCAUCAGAAAGGAAGAGGCCUGUGACAAUGAAAACUACAGAGAUCCAGUUGAGAUGUUGAAUGGACUCUACAACCAAGUAGAUGAAGAGGUUCAUAAACUUGUGAUUCUGUCCAACAAGUCACAGAAAGAAUUGGAAAAACUGCUGGAGGUUUGCAAUUUUGAGGAGCAGACACAACAGGUAAAGCGAUGGUUCAGCAUAGAGGGAGAGAAGCAACUUCUACCCCUGGAAUCUGUAACUCUUUCUACAGACAAAAUAAAAGAGAUGAGAGAAAGUUUGGAGCAGUUUCUAGAGGAGUCAGAGCACCAGACGAGGCUCCUAAAGCAGUACCCCAGGUCCCCUCCAGACUCAGCUGUGUGCAACGUUAAACAACAUCUUGGGUCUAUCUUAAGCAGAGUACAGGAGAGGAAGGCUAAGUUGGAAACCCUAACAAACCUGUAUGAGUUCUAUGACUCGGCCCAGAAGUGGAUAGAACACUGUCAGGAUUAUUUCCAUCAGCUGGGUCUCGAUGGCUCUGACCAGAGAUUUUCGCCGUCUGUGGUGAAAAUCUUGCAGGAUUACUGCAAAGAAGCAUCUAAGUUCUCAGUGGACAACUUCAGCACUCUUAAUAACAUGGUGCUCUCUCUGGAGUGCCCCCAGCAGCUGCAGCAGUGGAACUCAGUGUGGCACAAAUGUCAGCAGACCAAACAGCAGCUGGAAGGGACCUUGGCUAAAGCCCUGUUGUCAUCCCAGGACCCAAACACUGUGAAAACGGGGGGUCCCCUACCCACCGCAGAGAGCUGCGUGGCAACCCCAGAACGGCCCGGAGCUAAUGGAUGUCUGCACUUACCUGGAGCUAUCACCUCACUUACAUUUGAGGACAGUAAAAAUCUCUCUGCUGAGGCUUUUUCCAGGAGCCCAUCAGGCUCUAUCUCAUCUCCAUCGCACUUCACUUUCCCAAGCGACCGAGAGAACAAGCUGGGGCAGAGCUCAUGCACCCUGGAGGACACUGACAGCGACUGCACCAUCGACUCGACCAUCUCCUGCCACUCGGAGCCCGUAUACUCCAAGGCCACUCGGCUUCGAAAGCACCCAAUGAAGAAGAUCAUGAAGAAGACCGUGAGCUAUGAGCUGACCCCGAGAGACGGCGGCCACUCUGACGUCAGCCACAUUCACGGCUACACGGGGGUCUACAUUAAGGGUUUGGAGGUCGCAAAUAAUGUGUCAGCAGAGAAGAAGCUGCUGAGACCCGACGUGACCAGUCCUGCUUUAGGACGCAGCCGUAGCAUGUCCACACCUUCCAGGACACACAACAGACGCAGUGAAGGAGAUGGCAAGAAACAGAGCAGUAAAGUUCAGCACAUCAUGGAUGAAAUGAUUUCCACAGAGAGGGAGUAUGUACGUUCCCUCAGCUACAUCAUAGAGCACUAUUUCCCUGAGAUGGGGCGCCUUGACUUGCCUCAGGACCUGCGAGGGAAGCGCAGCAUCAUUUUUGGGAACCUGGAAAAAUUGUGUGACUUCCACAGCCAGUACUUCCUAAAGGAGCUGGAGGCAAGCGCUCACUCCCCACUGAGCAUCAGCAGCUGUUUCCUGAGACACGAGGCUCAGUUUGGAAUGUAUGCUCUGUACAGCAAGAAUAAGCCUCAGUCAGACGCUCUGCUCAGCAGCCACGGCAAUGAGUUCUUUAAGAAUAAGCAGCUGGAGCUUGGAGAUAAGAUGGACCUGGCAUCCUACCUGCUGAAGCCCAUUCAGAGGAUGAGCAAAUAUGCACUGCUGCUCAAAGAUCUGAUAAAGGAGUGCAGCUACUCUCAGGAGCAGGAGCUGAGUGAUCUCCGCACUGCAGAGGAGAUGGUGAAGUUCCAGCUUCGUCAUGGGAAUGACCUACUGGCUAUGGAUGCAAUCCGUGGUUGUGAUGUGAACCUGAAAGAACAGGGUCAGCUCCGCUGCCAGGAUGAGUUCAUCGUCUGGUGUGGACGCAGGAAAUACCUUCGCCACGUCUUCUUGUUCGAGGACCUCAUCCUCUUCAGCAAGACCAAGAAGAUAGAGGGAGGAUAUGACAUUUACAUCUACAAACAGUCCUUCAAGACAGCAGAAAUAGGUAUGACUGAAAACGUCGGUGACAGCGGCCUUCGUUUUGAGAUCUGGUUCCGUCGGAGGAAGUCCCAGGACACGUUUAUACUCCAGGCUAGCUCGGCUGAGGUCAAGGCAGUGUGGACGGCUAUUAUUGGCAAGAUCCUAUGGAGGCAGGCCCUCAGAAACAGAGAGCUGCGCAUGCAGGAGAUGGUUUCCAUGGGGAUUGGAAAUAAGCCUUUCAUGGACAUUAAGCCCAGUGAUGCAGCCAUCAGUGACAGAGCCAUUGACUACAUCAUGAAGGGGACAGAGUGCCGAACCAGGGCGUCCAUCGCCGUGUCGUCGUUUGAACACUGUGCUGCAUUUAAGAGGCCCCACUCCACCAUCUCCAACAGCAGCACCUCCUCCUCCAGCAGCCACUCGUCUUCCUCUCUGCUGGGCUCACUUAACCUUCACCUUUACUCCUCGCCGUCCCACCCACACUCACACCCGUACCCGAUGGGCAGCGUUGCCUCCUUUGCCCAGUGGCCGUAUGACUGCAUAGAGGAGGACGAGCUGGAGCAGGACGUCGGGAACAGCCAGCCCUCCAUGAUUACUGAAAGCUCAGAGACCUCUUCCUCCCAGUGCAACUCCACUGACAGUGUAACUGGGCUGAGCACCCUCACCAUCCCUGAACCCCCCAGUGCCAUCAUGGAGACGUUUAACAACAACAACAAUGAGCUACCUGAUUUCCUCCACUCCUCUCCUCCUCCCUCUGUCGCCUCUACAUCAUUGUUUCCCAAGGAUGAGGACCACCAAGCACAGGGCACCAACUUCAUCACAGCAUUGUGACGUUUUCAAGUCACGGAGCGUAUUCCACACAAGAGGAAGAAAAAACAAAUGGAAAGAAGGAAGAGUCGAUUUUGGAGCACUAAGACUUUAUUAAACAAAAACCCACUAACACAUGAUAUUUGAAUAAAUGUCUUCGUCAUGGUACUUCAGAGGUCUGUACAUUUGAUAUAACAAGAUAGUAUGUGUUUAUAUUGUAGAUGUAUUUUACAUAUAAGGUAGCGGACCGUUUCGGACAAUGCUGCAUGGUUGUAUUCUUGUGAUUUUCAGUUUACAUGUUUGUACAGAUUAAUAAAAAGAUUCAAGCUGUUUUGGCA